AUGUUCUCACGACCAAGCUUCGAGCGUAUCUGGGUUCUUGCCCUGGGUCUCGUCGCCACCGGCUCCGUUCACCUCGUUGCCGCGGGACCCUGUGAUAUCUACGCCUCUGGUGGAACGCCUUGUAUCGCGGCGCACAGCACAACUCGUGCUUUGUACAGUGCCUUCACCGGCUCGCUGUACCAAGUGAAGCGUGGAUCCGACGGUGCCACGACGAACAUCGCGCCACUAUCCGCCGGUGGUGUCGCCAAUGCCGCUGCCCAAGACACUUUCUGUGCCUCUACGACUUGUCUCAUCACAAUCAUCUACGAUCAGUCCGGGCGUGGCAACCACCUCACUCAAGCCCCUCCCGGUGGCUUCCAAGGCCCAGAGGCCAAUGGCUACGACAACCUUGCCAGCGCCAUUGGCGCACCGGUCACUUUGAACGGCCAGAAGGCGUACGGUGUCUUCGUUUCGCCUGGCACGGGUUACCGCAACAACGCCGUCAGCGGCUCGGCCAAGGGCGAUGCUGCGGAGGGCAUGUACGCUGUCAUUGAUGGAACUCACUACAACGGAGGUUGCUGCUUCGACUACGGCAACGCAGAGACGAACAGCCUCGACACGGGUAACGGUCACAUGGAGGCCAUCUACUUCGGUGACAACUCUGCCUGGGGUACUGGGGCCGGCAGUGGUCCUUGGAUCAUGGCUGAUCUGGAGAACGGCUUGUUUUCUGGAGUUAGUCCCACCAACAACGCGGGUGACCCAUCUAUCAACUACCGCUUCACCACCGCCACUCUCAAGGGAGGGCCAAACCUUUGGGCCAUGAAGGGCGCGAAUGCCGCAUCUGGUUCGCUGUCAACUUUCUACAACGGCGUGCGCCCGAACAAGUCUGGCUACAACCCCAUGAGCAAGGAGGGCGCCAUCAUCCUUGGCAUCGGUGGUGACAACAGUGUCAGUGCCCAGGGUACCUUCUACGAGGGAGUCAUGACAUCUGGAUAUCCCUCCGACGCCACCGAGAACUCAGUGCAAGCCAACAUCGUAGCCGCAAAGUACGCCGUCACGGCAUUGAGCACAUCUCUUACCGUUGGUUCCUCCGUCUCUCUCCGGGCCACCACUUCUGGCUACACCGACCGAUACCUCGCGCACACCGGCUCUACUGUCAACACCCAGGUCGUAUCCUCAUCCAGCGCAACCGCUCUCAAGCAACAGGCCAGCUGGACAGUCCGCACCGGCCUUGGUAACAGUGCUUGCUACUCCUUUGAGUCCAAGGAUACCCCGGGGAGCUACAUCCGUCACUCCAACUUUGAGCUCGUCGUAGGUGCCAACGACAACUCAAAGCUGUUCAAGGAAGACGCGACUUUCUGCGCCCAGGCAGGUCUCAGUGGCCAAGGCAGCUCUAUCCGAGCUUGGGGCUACCCCACUCGCUACAUUCGCCAUUACACAAACGUUGGUUAUGUUGCGAGCAACGGUGGCGUUCACACUUUUGAUGCUGCCAACUCAUUCAACGCUGAUGUAAGCUGGGUGGUUAGCACCGGUCUAGCUUGA